GUUGGUGGGGCCUUUGAGCCUUGGAAUUUCCUAGAGCUCAUCUGUCCCCUUUCACUGGCACGCUGUCACGGCAGGUGCAUGCAGGACUGGUCACCCGGGCAUGCAAUGUCGUAAAGUGCAGUAUAUGAACCACCAGAAUCGCAGGUUGAGGCAACCUUGCGAUUCCGACAUCCUUUUCUCAAGGAAGGAGGAAUUGCGCAUAGCACAGUGGUUCUGCCAUGCACGUUCCCGUCACACACACGGACAAACACCCUCACUGCCAUAUAGAGGCAGGCCCUCUGAUGAGCCUCACGUCCAGCCUUCCUCUUCUUCGCUCACCAACAGGCCUUAUAUAUUCUCACAGCUCCUAAUUGGCCGGUUCUCUGUCGUACAAAUGCUGGUUAUAUAUAAGUGGGCUCGCUAUGUUAGGCUCUGGGCACAUCACACGAAUGCAGUGAGGCCUACCUCCGUACCGCAAGUCCGCAACAGCAAAAAACACAAUAGCUGUGUAUGCCACCGCCAGAGCCAACCAUACUACUUUAUAGCCGAUUUCAUCUCAAGUUCUCAACCCUCCAGAUCGGUAUAUAUUGCUUUGUGUCUUUUCCCAUAACUCAGCAUUGGGUUUUCUCAUAUCUCUUCCCAAAACCAAGAAUUGGGCUUUCACAGUCAGUAAACCACCCAGCUCCCCACCUCGCGCAACGGAUUUCAUUUAUACUCAUCAACUCAUGGCGCGACCAGGCAAACGGAAGUGGUCUCCAUCAUUCGCGGAGCAUACUUCAACACAGAGCAUCAAGAAGAGAAAUAUAAACCCAAUCAGAGCCCGAACCCGAA